AUGGCUCACAUGGAAUUUGAUGCUCGUCGCAGCGUCGAGCACCCCUAUGGCUUGGGUUAUGAACGCAUACCGCUUCCACAUGCCUACAUGGCAAUGUGUGCUUCGGGGCGCGUGCCAUUCGUUGAUGUGAUAGAUCCCACGAUCAUGUCGUUAUCUGAGCGUGCUAUGCUUGCGGAAAAUUUGGAAUCAGAAAAAUGGGACGAAGGCAUGUAUCUUGACAGCUAUUUCGACUCAGAUGGCGAAGUUGCCGGUGUAGUCCGUGUUGAACCAUUGAUCCUAAAGCGCGAGUUUCUCCCACACACGAUGGGCGCGACCACACCAAAGGCUAUGCCUCCCUUUACUGAGCAAUCUCAAGCACUGCUCAUCCAGGUAUUAUUUGCAUACCUGUACGAAAUGCAUGUAUCAUUAAAUGACGCAUCGUCAGAGUCUGCUUGGACCAUUUGCAAGCUUUGUCGCUCUAUUGCAUGUUUUGCCGAGCCAUGGCCACAAAGCAAUGCAUCUUCGACUAUGGCUGAGUAUGUGCUGCAUGCUUCAUAUCGGCGAGCCCUCACCUAUCCAUUGUAUCGGUCAUGGGCUCUUUGUGCACAGGUGCACAAGGAUCUUUACUCGCUGUUAAGCAAAUGCGAUGCCAAGGCACGAAUUCUGCAUGUUUUGCGAGACAUGGAUGCAAUCUUUGCACUCGCUCCUACAGGCACAGGAGUUCCGGAGCCGAUGGAGAUUGUCCUUCAGUUGAUUUGGGAUGUUUGGUUCGCGCCGCUCGAGGUUUGGGUCCAAACGUUGACGCCUGAGGACAUUCGCGCGCUUGCCUCUACGAUAUUGAUUCCAAUGUCCAAAGCAGAUGUAGGCAACCCCGGUGACUGGGACCUGGACACGUUGGAAUGGGCCGCUCGCGAAGCUGCUGACGAAGGUGAAAUCGGCGGCUACGUGUAA